AGCCGCGCAUGCGCAGUGGCUGUGUUUGCCUCUGACAGCAGCGGCCGUUAGCAGCUCCGCUUCGCCCGGCGAUGAGACAGCAAACACGGACUGCUCGGUCGGCGGACGCACCGGGAUGGACUUAAACCAGCGCUUCUUCCACCCUUACGAAGACGGAUAUCAUUUAGACAGCGGACAGCGGUGUGUAGUGAGUUUUUAAACCGACGCUGGGGUCGUUGUUUGCGGGGGGAAAAGGAGGAUAGUCGACGGUGAGAGAGAGCGGGAGGGGGAUGGAGCCAACGGCCGCUUUCCUGCGACAUACGCCGGCUACAGAGGGAGCCACCUCCACCUGAGCGAGCACCGCAACAGUCCGGCAGCUUCACUUAUAAUAUUUGUUUAAUUUCUAUUGAAUUUAAAUAGUAAAAAAAAAUUUUAAAAAACGCACUUAAGUUAUACCUAAUCGGGUUUUUCACAGUUUUUUUUUUAAAGCUAACUAACGACUAGCCGGUUGUUUUUGUUUUAUUUUGAAAUUAUUAAUCCGGAUAAAGUUGGAUUAAAACUUCAGAUCAGAAGUUUAUGAUUUUUUUUUUUUUUUUUUUUAAGAGGACAUAAGUCAGCUGACUUCUCACUUAGCAUCUGUGCUAACUCCUUAGCCCUCCUCCUCCUCCUCCUCCUCCUCCUCCGAGCAGAGAUGCACCACCCGGACUACUCCGCAGAUCCCCCCGCCUCAGGGAGCAGGAAAGCGGCCUAUCACUACAGGAGAGGCAGCAGCGGUGCUCCUGCGUCCAACCCAGGUGAUGACAACAACCCGACCCAGGCCGGCUCCUCCUCACCUGGGCUGCAGCAGCAGCAGGUGUCCGGAGCUCAGGUGAAGAAGAAGAGCGGCUUCCAGAUCACGAGCGUCACCUCGGCUCAGAUCAACGUGAGCGGCAACAACAGCUUGGCGGAUGACACCGAGAGCUACGACGACAUGGACGAGUCCCACACGGAGGAUCUGUCCUCGUCCGACAUGCUGGACGUGUCCGUGUCCAGAGCCACGGACACAGGCGUGCCGGAGAGGAGCUCCUCCGAUGAGACGCUGAACAGCCUCCACGGGGUCGACACGCCCGGGCUGGUGUCGCCCAACGAGCCCCUUCAGCUUCAGGGGUCUCAGCAGCAGACCUCGCUGGUGAACGGCGGCGUGCAUCAUCAUUAUUACCCUCAUCAUCAUCACUCUGACAGCCUGGGAGGAGGCGAGCCUGUGCUGGCCGCUCUCCCCAUCGCCACCUCCAGCCCGGCCAUGCCGUCCAAAGCCGCGGGUGGCCAGGCGCAGAAGCUGCCCAUGUUGGACAACACUAAACCUGCAGCCGCUGAAGGCGGCGUGAACAUUUCUAACGUGUCUCCUGCUGCUGACAACACUAACACGAGCGGGCAGAUGACCUCUGUUGGAGGAGGAACCAGCGCUCCUCCUCCUCCUGCUGCUGCUGCUGCUGCUCCCAACACUCAAACCCAAGCGGCUACCGGCUCUCGUUUCAGGGUGGUGAAGCUGGACACGAACUCUGAGCCGUUCCGUAAAGGACGGUGGACGUGUACGGAGUACUACGAAAAGGAGGUCUCGCAUCCGGCCGCGGCUGAGGCGCCAAAAGGCGCGGAGGUGGCCGCAGAGGCCGAGGCAGGGAACGCCGGUGUGCAGCCUCCUCACACGCUGCAGCCCUAUCAGCCGCCGACGCAGGACUUCACCAGUCCACAGGCGAUGCAGAGUCCGCCACAGGCGUACGUGUCGCCGCAGGAGGUCGUCAUGCAGAAGCCGGCGGCUCCUCUCGCUCUACCUACAGCGACGCCACAGCCUCCCUACACUGUCGAGGCCCAACAACAACAACAAGGUUACCCUGCACCUCUGCUCCAUUCAGGGGUCCGACAGCCGGACUUUAUCCAGCCCACCGCCCCCUUCCAGACGCAGGUCCAGCCCCCGCUGCCCCACGUCACCACAGGACUCCCCAUCACACCGCUACCAGGGGUCACAGCGCAGCCGCCCCAGCUGCCCCAUCAAGGUCAGGUCGCCCCACCUGCCCUCCCAGCUCAACCCCAACCCCUCUCCACCGCCUCCGCCCCACACGGGACCCCCUACAUGCCUCUAACCGCUGUCCUGCAACCCCUCCUCACCCCGGGAGCGUCCUUCGCCCAGGUCCCCGGCGGUGGAGGAGGCAGCUCCAUAAAAACCUCCCAGCUGGAGGACGCCCAGAAGCUGCUGCUCCAACACCAAGGCCUGCUGGGCCUGCCCCGGCUGGCGGCGGAGGCCCACGCGGGGAUGUCGGCCGAGGCCAGCGCCUUCAUGGCGGCCGCCGCGGGCCUCAGGACUCAGCACGGCGACGGCGAGGAGGACAGCUCCUCCGGUGCCAGUGUGGUGGCCAUCGACAACAAGAUAGAACAAGCUAUGGACCUGGUGAAGAGCCACCUGAUGUACGCCGUGCGCGAGGAGGUGGAGGUGCUGAAGGAGCAGAUCAAGGAGCUUAUCGAGCGCAACACUCAGCUGGAGCAGGAGAACAACCUGCUGAAGAACCUGGCCAGCCCCGAGCAGAUGGCUCAGUUCCAGGCUCAGGUCCAGACCGGCACCUCGCCGACCGGCGCCUCCCAGCCUCCUCUGGUGCCGCCGCAGCCGUCGACGACGACGGGGACGACGCAGGCCCUCCCCUCCACACAGAGCUCCGGUACGUCCGCGUAACGCUGAAAGCUGCACGGUGGAGGAGGAGGAGGAGGAGGAGGAGGAGGAGGAGUCUCGCCAUACUGUGAACUGACUCGCGGAGGACGACGUUCUUUUGUUGCACAUUUUAAUUUAACUGAAAGACUUCGUGUGUGUGUGUGUGUGUGUGUGUCCGCUUUUAUUACCUGCUUCAGACAAUCAUCAUCGUCGUCGUGGCGAUGAGGGAGCUGACAGGAAGCCACCGUGGCCGCCGCCUCCUCCUCCUCUUCCUCUUCUUCCUCUGGCCAAUCAGAGAGGAGAACGCUCAGUGCCACCGCCGCUGUCACACUUUUUAAUUUUUAUUUCUUAACCGUCUCGUCUUCGGUGCACUUUUUUUAUUUUCCCGACUGACAACGGACGAACUCUGAUUCUUCGACAGUCCCAUCUGGAAUGGGACUCGACAAAGUCCAGCUCACUUUUGUUUUUUUGUUUGUUUCCCUCCGAGAGACGUCGACGGGAUUACACAGAUUAUGAAAUAUAUAUAUAAGCAGCGCCUCGUCGUCCACUUCGUGUCCUUCUCCCUGAACUCUUCUCCUCUUUGUUCUCGGACGUAAAACAUUUAUGCAGGGACCUUUUUUUUGUUUUUUGUUAGGGGAGGGUUUAAAAUGUGUUUUUGUUUUGUUGCUCUUGUUGAUGUAAUUAACGUCCCGGUGAUUAACGGAGAGGCAAAUAAGACAUGACUGUUUCUAGGUAGUGAGUAAAUAUUUCCAAUUAAACUCUGCCAAGUGCCUGGUUUCUAACCAUAGAUACAUAUAUAAAAGCUGUUUUUUUUAGUUGUUUUACUCAACGUGUGUGUAUAUAUAUACAUAGAGGUGUGUAUAUAUAUAUCUAUGGUUCUGCCAGGUUUUAUACUACCUGUGAUGUCAUUUCUCAGGGCGGGAACAGGUGACACUAAAGAUGCUGUCUCUCUCUGUGCGGUGACUCACGGCUUCGUACUGUACAUGAACUCUGUCCGCCGCCGCUCGGAUUAUAUUGAGGACGUGUGUAGAUGUUUUUUUGUUUGUUUUUUUAUGACUGGCGAUGGUGUUUAUUUCUUUUUGUACAGCCGAGUGUGUUUUGAGUUGCUCGUAGUGCAACUGGAGCGCUGAACACAGAUUAACGACACUUUGGCGGAAAAAAAUUUUAAGAAAAGGAGGAAAAAAAAUAAUAAUUUCAAGGAAAAUGCCCGAGCACAAUUAUGUGGAUGUUUGUGUGCAUGUUCCUCAGCCCAUCACAAAUGUGACGUUACAAUUGCACUAGACAGUUGCACCUCAAAUAAAAAUGAAAACAAAAAAGUA